CGGGCCAGCAUGUAAUAACAUUAAUCAUGAGCUUUAGCAACAACAGCAACUCAUCCCAAACUCCCAUCCUGAGACACUAAACGCGGCUGUUCCGGGCCACUCUGUCGCUCUGCGGACGCCCAAAUGGACGUCGAUGGACUGGAAUGAAACCUCCACUUCUGACGGGCUGAAGCUGGGACAAGAAGGGACACAAACCUCUGCAUGUUUAAGUUUUCUGCUCCGAUCACAGGGGCAUCGCUGCGUGCGUUUUGGAUGUGCGUGUGGAAGUGUGUGUUGGGUGCGUGUGUGGCGGUGGUGGAGGUGCUGGUGGAGGUGCUGGUGGUGGCGGCCGCGGGAAGGGAGGAAGUUUAGCGCCGUGAUUUUUCUUUUCGUCUGUUCCGCUGUGUUGUUUUUCAUGUGGCAGCAGGGGACGGGCGGAUAAACGUUUCCCUGAUGAAAAUUAAGCAUCUGUGGAGAGGCUCUGUGAUCGUGACUAUGAUGAUGAUAUCGAGUAAGAGCGUGGAGUGGCUGCAGGAGGAGCUGGAGUCCGGGGCCACCUCUCUGCUGCUGCUGGACUGCAGACCCCAUGAGCUGUACGAGUCCUCGCACAUCGAGUCGGCCAUCAACCUGGCCAUCCCGGGCCUCAUGCUCCGCAGGUUGAAGAAGGGGAACCUGCCGAUCCGCUCCAUCAUCCCCAACAACGAGGACAAGGAGAAAUUUGUGAAGCGGUGUAAGACGGACGUGGUGGUUCUGUACGACGAGGCGACCACGGAGCGACAGGAGUCCGGGCUUGGGAGCUCCGUGCUGGGGUUGCUGCUGCAGAAGCUGCGGGACGACGGGUGCAAGGCUUUCUAUCUAGAGGGGGGCUUCAACAAGUUCCAGUCUGAGUACCCUGAGCACUGCGAGACCAAUUUGGACUGCUCGUGUCCCAGCAGCUCCCCGCCAGCCUCUGUUCUGGGUCUGGGAGGCCUCCGUAUCAGCUCAGACUGCUCAGACGGGGAAUCUGACCGUGAGCCUGGCAGUGCCACAGAGUCAGAGGGCAGCCCGCUACCAAACAACCAGCCAGCGUUCCCCGUCCAGAUCCUGCCGUACCUUUUCCUGGGCUGUGCCAAAGACUCCACCAAUCUGGAUGUGCUCAGCAAGUACAACAUCAAGUACAUCCUCAACGUGACGCCCAACCUGCCCAACAUGUUUGAACAUGAAGGCGACUUCAAGUACAAACAGAUCCCCAUCUCCGACCACUGGAGCCAGAAUCUGUCUCAGUUUUUCCCUGAGGCCAUUUCAUUCAUUGACGAGGCACGCUCGAAAAAGUGCGGCAUCCUGGUGCACUGCCUGGCCGGGAUCAGCCGCUCGGUGACCGUCACCGUGGCCUACCUGAUGCAGAAGCUCAACCUGUCGCUCAACGACGCUUACGACUUUGUCAAGCGGAAAAAGUCGAACAUUUCCCCAAACUUCAACUUUAUGGGCCAGCUCCUGGACUUUGAGCGGACGCUGGGCCUCAACAGCCCCUGUGACAACCACUCGUCCUCCCCGACACACGACCAGCUCUUCUUCACCACCCCGACCAAUCACAAUGUGUUUCAACUGGACACGCUGGAGUCCACAUGAAAAUUAAGGGAAGGGGGAGACUGUCCCAUCCAAAGGGUCGAAGUGGUUUUGUUACCACGGUAACAAGCGGCUGCACUGGAGGGAAGCAGCCAGUUUUAAUGAAUGUUUUAGCCUCCAGAGGCUCGUUGUCUGAGAGCCUGGCCACGGAGCAGCUUUGAAGGGAGAGGGGAGGUCACAGAUAAAGGGAACGGGGAGUCUUUUUUUAACCGAGAAGGAACAGUGACGGGUGGGUUUACGGCGGCGUCCUCCUCGGAGUUCAUUGAAAUCGAGGUAAAAGCUCAACUUGUCUUGUAAUGAGAAGCCAAGAAGACUUAACUGACUGAGAAACUGGGCGAAGUUCCGCCGCAGGACAGACAGCUUUAAACAAAGAUCGGGGCACGGAAAAUCUACCGUGCUCGACUCAUGAGACGACAUCAUCCUCUCUGUCUUUCUGUCUCAGCUCUCAAGCUGAGCUGACUGGUGCCAAGUGGAAAAUCUGGGAUUUACUCGUAGGAAAUCUCACUCUACUGAAUGUAGAGUUUUUAAAAACCAAGGAAUUAACACACACACGCACACACACAUAAACAAAGUAUGUAUGUUUGUACUGUAUGUACUGUUUGUAUGUUAACGUACAUAGCAGAAAAUGUAUGGGCAGUCCUUAACAAAUUCAGUAUGUCUAUAUGCAUUUUUGUAUAUUUUUGUGUACAUUUACACACAAAUCUAUACCUUAUAUAAAUAUAUAAACAUAGAAAUCUUAUCUUUGUCCAAAAACAAAGUAAUCCAAUCCAAUAAUGGCUUAAGAGAUUGUAAAACUAAAGAAAGGGAAUGGGUGUGGUGACGCCAACAAAGAGGAACGUUGUUGUGAUAUUCCUAGUUGUCUUUUUUUUUUAGGUUAGUUUUUCUUUUAGGUUUGUAAUGACCUAAUGCAGUUUGCACAGUGAUGUAGCCAUUGACUUGUUGGCACUCGAGGCCAGUGCUGGAAGCAGGCAGAUAAAGAGACAUUCAGAGAAGAUGAGCGGAGAGGAGAGGCCAGUCCCAGGCUGCGACGAGUCCUGACAGCUGUACGGUGCAGCAGGGAGGGAGCAGGAGCAGGAACUGGGCCCUAAGCAAAGGACGAGGUUCAGGGGUUUGGAUUGGGUCAGGAGGAAGACAUGCUGCAGGCAGGACAAGGUAUUAGCAGUAGAAGUGUGGCUAAAGAUACUACAGUAGAUUUGACCUUUAGCCAACUGUUUGCAAGACUGCAGUUCCCAGUUCCUACUUCCUUCCCCAUCUGAUUCAUCAAGUUGCCUAACGAGAAGUACCAGUUGUUCUGACAGCUGUUUGAUUAUUUUAGUCGUUUGUUGCAUUUCUAACUAACGUCCUUGGUUAUUUCAUCACAGCAUAGUGAGGUUUGCCAAACUGGUUUGUAAUGGUUGUAACUUUUGUACUUUGUCAGAGGCAUGGACGGUCAGGGUUAGCACUGGGGAUACUAAGACACCUUUUUGGGCAGCUUAUCUUGGCAACCUUGUGGCAAAGAAGUGCCUCAACACUCUCGUAUUACCCACAUCGCAAACUUAUUUUUGCCCAAGAGGAAGUUGUUCAAUAGUGUCGCAUCUUAGGUUCCUUUUAGGACACAGUUAGAAAUUUGCCAAAAAAAAGAGGACUCUGGACAGGGUACAGGACCAGGUGUCGGGGCUGAGAUUGUAACCCAGUCUCUUGGCACCACAGUGUUGUGGACUGGGACUGACCUCAGAUACAGACUGCACUUACUUAUUUCAAUAGCUUCAUGUCCCUUAACUGCAUUUGGAGAAGACAGAGGGAAGGUCUCUCUUCGAAGGGGAUCAGCCAUUUCGUCAAAGACAAAAUAGUUUGAGUUGAUUCACCCUUAAAGCCUUGGGAAUAUUAUAUGACAGAAAUAUUAAACACAAAUGGAUAUAAAUAUAUAUUAUAGAGCUAAUAGUAAACAGAUCUAUAUUAUUUUGUAUACCUGAGCAUGCUGUGGUAUUGUAUGCUCUCUAACAGCAGACUUAACCAUGGGUUGGAUGUUGCUUUACCGGGUGGGUUUACGAGCGAUGAGGACUGUUUUUUUAACUGCUGUUGCUGCUGAACACAGCGGUACACAGCGUGUGGUCAAGGAGUUUUCUCAGACCCUGUUCACAUCAGGAGCACUUCAAAGACACUGUGAAAAUUAUUUGAAAAGUAUGGAGUAAAAACCAAAUCACAAAAUUCAUAGUGAGUCCAAAAAUAUGUUAAAAUUCCCUUAUGCUGCAGCAGUUGUUCUUCAGCAUGUGGACUUAUGGCAGCAUCUGUAUGUAAACUGGGCCUCUUGCAAGAACAUUUUACCUUUUACUUUUUUCUGAAAGGUUUGCUCAUACAUGUGUUCAAAGUCAAAUCCAACAAACUUUGCUUGUUUUAACUUCAUAAAUACAUCUGUUCAUGAUUAGGUGCACACUUGUUAGAUGUAUUCAUUAGCAUAAUCAAUACCCCAAAACAGCUUUAUAAGGCUGUGUGUUCUGCUCCAUUUACUGGCAAAUUUCAUUCACACAAAAAAAAAUUUAAAAAGCAGAAAUUCACACUGCGGAGCCUGAAGUUGAAAAGACAAAACAACUAAUUUAGCAGUGUCAGUAGUGCUAAAAGUGUACCCAAAAAAUACCAAGUAGACAAGUACUAUGUUUGUCUGCACUGUCACAGCAGACAGAAUUAAAAAAGGGAACUGUUUAGUUUGAGGUUAAAUGCUUAAAAACAUCUUGCUAAAGCAAAGAGAUCCCUGACUUUUAAAGGGGAGAGCAGAUUAUUGGUUAGCUUUCAUUUCAUUUAUUUUGACUGAUCUCACAUUUGAAUAUUUAAACUCCAAAUUCAUAAGUUUGUAUCAUUUUCAAGUAUAGCACUAUCUGUAUAUGACUCUUACAACACAUAAACCACCACAAGAGAAAAUUCUAAAUAUGAGAAAAUUGGCAAACUUCUCUUAAAUCAUCUCAUUUGAGAACUAAUCUGUUCAUACAAGUGUUUCUUGCAUGAGCCUCAAUGUUCACAGCAAACUACAGAAAAGUGUUUUCAGGGUGGUGAUGUGGACGGGGUCUAAACAGAAACAAAGAACUGGGUUUCAGAGGGGACAGCAGUUGAAUCUGAACAGGGUUGGUUUUAGCUGGCCUUAUAUAAUCUUUCUAACUUGUUUCUAAUGCUGACUGUUCAAUACUCUUUGUAUCUCACUUUAGAAAAAUGUUAUGUAAAAAAAAAAAAAAAAGAAAAAAAAAAAGAUGAAACGUUUGUUAUCUGUUAUUUGAAUCAGAACACGGUAAUUAUAGACGGCGAGCUGUCUUCUACCGUAACGGGUCACACAAGGUCCUCUUUGUUACUCUGCAAUAUAUCAAAACACCUUUUUUGCAGUAUUUUGUAGAUCCAAGACCUCAACAUUUUUAAAUUCUUCUUCUUUUGUACUAUAUCUAUUCUAUAUAAUUAUACAAGAUCCAGCUCAAUAUGGCUUGUGGACUGAAGUAACAUUUUACCUGGGGUCUCCUAAAUGUAGAGCCAGUGUGCCCAGUACCAAAACACACACCCACACACAUACAUACACACACAGCCAGAGCUGUGUUUCAGCAUGCCAGUUAUGUUUCACAAUAGAUAAUUACACCACCCGACUUAAAUAACUACAAGGUCUUUUUCCGUCUUGUUUUGAUAUAAUGUGCUCUAUGCUAUUCCUGUGGCCUUUCAAUAUGAAUAUAUAUCUGAGUAUAUAUAUGUUAUGAAUUUAUAUGCAAACGUUCCUCUCCUAUUAUAGCAUCAGAGUUGAAAAUAAUACUACCGUGUUUGAAUGGACUUCCCUUAUCUGGAGUCAUAUCCCACUUACAAUAAGGAAAAUGUUGAGGACUUGAUCACUUGCACCCUACGAUUGAAAUAUAUUUCAGUACGGAGCUUUUCUAUUUAAAAAGAAUACGGUUGAUUUCAAGCUGCUUUCUUGUGUUUUUGUGUCUUUGUAACAAUGAAAGAGAAAUCAAGUCUUUUUCUCUGUUUGUAAAUUUGCCAGACCACGGGAACGGCCGUUUCUGUGUCCUUAAACUUGUAGCUACAUAUUGGUAAGAAUGUGCUCGGGAGUGAAAAACGUGAAUGAGUUUUUUUUUUAAAAAAGAGGAAUGGAGAGGAGACUUGGUGGUGUCAAAUACAAAGUGAAAGAAAAAGUGAAUGAUUUAAAAAAAAUGUUACCUCAGUGAGGAAUUUUUCAGGGAUUUUUUUGACAAUGCAUCUUGCAUCGUGUUACAGCUUCAAACACACGUUGAAUAGCUGUUUUGUAUUGUGCUGUAAACAGUUUUUUAAAAAAGAUGCAAUCUGUCGGUGUAUAAAAUGGGGGCAUGUUAACCGGGGCAGUUUCACCUUUCUGUCUACUGAAGGAAACACGAUUGACCCUAUGUAUUGUACAGUAUAUGGAAACAACACAAGACAUGUUUAUACCGCAAAUAAAUAUUGAAAUAUUUUUUUCUUUAACA